AUGUUUUACCAUAUUCUAUUCUAUUUCCUUGUGGUCUUUGACCCUAAAGCUUUGUGCUGUCUGAGAUGUGACAAGGAAUCAGACAAAAGGCUAAGAAAUCUCAGAGGUUUUUUGGCUGACCAAUAUGAGGAUUUGCAAGAAUAUGCAAAGACUAAUGCUCACUUGACAAGGCUGUUCGAGGCUGCACUGGAACCUUUCUCUAACCGUAAAAUAGAUAAAAUUGCUAUUUUACAAAUGGCUGGAGAAUUCAAAAAGACCGUGGAUUCGAUUGAGAACUCGGGCGUUCUAGGCCACCUGCUUGUCCGUACGCUGGAUGUCAGAUUUGAAAAACUAAAGACAAAAUUCGGUGACAUUUUAGCACAGUUUUUGUCAGAAAGGUUCUGCCCUAACACCAUCGGCAGUAACACAUGUGGGCUUAUGGAGCAAACCCUAAUAGACUGUGAAAGCUGUGACCCAGAAAAACUAUCGUGCAUAGGAGGUCAUGGCCAGUGCAAAGAAAAGGUUACCAAGUGCCCGUUAUGUAUAUGUUCUCAAGAAAAUAACAAGUGUCAAGAUAUACAAAAAGGCAAAUCUUGCACGCCUUGCGAAGGGUACACAUCAUGCUUGAAUGAGGUGUUGCAUUGUGGAGUGCGACAGACAGAAGUUGUUCAAGAUGAAGACCUGAUGUUUGACUGCCAUUUACCUUGGCAUGCAAAAGUGGAGGAAACGCUUGAGUAUGUUUUUAAGAGGGUUGGACAGACCAGAAGCAAAAUCCUGAAAGUCACAGAAGACCCCUUGCUGAUGAAAAAGAACAUGUACUACAGUGAUGCCGGGAACUAUUCAUGCACAGCACAAUUAAAGAGCAGCAUUCCCGUCAGCACCAUACUGUAUGACGUAAAAGUUGUACCGAGGCAGGGAGGAGAACAGCACAGGACUCGUCCAACACUCCCACCCAUAACACACAUCGUGGCGCCCCCCGCUCCAGUUUAUGCUAGCAAAGAGGACCACCUUAUACUUGCUGCUAUAAUUACUGCGAGUGUUUGCGGCGCUUUGAUUAUAAUAAUAAUCGCCUGUUUGUGUGUCAGAAAACUGAGAAAGAGAAGACCAGAGGAAGUCGCAUGA